CGCCAUGGCAGCACCUUCCGACCCAACGUGCACUGCUUGCGAGAACCAUUGCCCAUUCUACCACCAUCAACAACCAUGUUGCUUCGAGCUGUGCGCGCGAGACCACUGCUACCUUCCAUCAAGCAGUCCCGGUAUCUCAACGCUCCAUUGCCAGGGACGCCAAGCACUCGUCAGUGGGCAUGCAUGCUCCGGAGCUUUGUCACGUUCUCGGGACCUCAACACCCUGCGCUGCUGGACUGUACCAUCGGAGACAUGUUGGACUCCGUGGCUGCAAAGCACCCUGACCAGUUGGCAUUGGUGGCUGUCGAGGAAGGCGUUCGAAUGACGUAUGCACAAGUACAUGACAAAGUCAACCGGUAUGCCCAGGCCCUGCAUUGGCUCGGCCUCCGCCGCGGCGACCGAUUUGGGAUUUGGCUGCCCAACACGGCCGACUACUACCUAUUGCAAUGGGCCACGGCCAAGCUGGGGGUGAUCAUGGUCAACGUGAACCCAGCGUACCGUGCGCACGAGUUUGAAUUCGCCAUGAAUCUCGUGCAAUGCAAAGCAGUGCUGGUGACCCCCCAAGUACAAUCCACGCACUAUUUCGACAUGCUGCACACACUUGUACCCACGUUAAAAGCCAGCCACCAUCAUCCAAACCACGACAUCCUCGCGCCGUUGAACCUUCCAGAGCUUCCCCAUCUUCGCCACAUCAUCCACGAUCGCCAUGGCCACACCGAGCCAGGCAUGGUUGGCUUGGACGCGCUGGUCGCCAGUACCCCAGCCGACCACUCGUUCUUGGAAUGCUCGACCAGCGUCACGCCAGACCAAGUCGUGAACAUCCAGUUCACGUCCGGCACGACCGGGUCUCCCAAGGGCGCCGCAUUGACCCACCACAACCUCGUCAACAACGGGUACCUCGUCGGGCACCGCUGCGGCUACAGCCCCGCGGACCGCGUGUGCGUACCCGUGCCGCUGUACCACUGCUUUGGCGUCGUGCUGGGCAACUUGGCGUGCCUGGCGCAUGCCGCCACAGUCGUUUAUCCGUCCAAGAGCUUCCACGCGACCAAAGCGUUGCGCGCGGUCGAGGCCGAGCAAUGCACGGCGCUGUAUGGCGUGCCAACCAUGUUUAUCCGCAUGCUCAACGAUUCAACGUUCGACGUGCGCAAGAUGGCGUCGCUGCGGACAGGCAUCAUGGCGGGGGCGCAGUGCCCCGUGGACGUGAUGGCCAAAGUGAUGGCGUUCGCGCCGGAAAUGACCAUUGCGUACGGCAUGACCGAGACAAGCCCCAUUAGCUUUCAAACGGCGCGCGACGAUGCACUCGUGGACCGCGUCGAAACGAUCGGGACGCUCAUGCCGUUUACCCAAGCCAAGGUUGUGGACAUGGAAAACCCCGACGUCGAAGUCGAUGUAGGGAAACCAGGCGAGUUGCUGACCAAGGGGUAUUGCGUGAUGAAAGAGUACUGGAACCAGCCAGAUCAAACGCGCAAGGCGAUUGUGGACGGAUGGAUGCACACCGGGGACAUUGUCGUGAUGGACGACCGAGGGUUCUGUCGCGUGGUGGGUCGGUCCAAGGAUGUGAUCAUUCGGGGUGGCGAGAACAUUUACCCCGCGGAAAUCGAAGAGGUGUUGUUUGCGCACGACGCGGUUGCGAACGUGAGUGUCGUGGGCGUGCCGGACUGGGAAUAUGGCGAAGUCAUUUGCGCCUGGGUGAGUCUUCGAGAUGACGCUGCGGUAGACAAGAUGGACGAUGUGCUGCGGGAACACGUGCGGGCUAACCUCGCGCACUUCAAGAUCCCGGCGUACUUUGUGUUCCGCCACGACUUUCCCACCACCAUCACGGGCAAGAUCCAGAAGUUCAAGAGUACGUCUACUGCUCCCCCAAUCGUUCAUUCGUUUCCUUUGUCUUCUUCCUUCCUCAUAACCGUCGUCGUCGUCGUCGUAGUGCGUGAGAUUGCCAUCGCCGAGCUCGGCUUGAGCAUGGACCCGCCGCCGAAAGUGUCGAAUCUCUAAAACCAGAGGCGCCGUCGGAUUGGCUAAUUGGAACCAAUUGGAACCAAUGGGAUGCAGUAGUGUAUAAAUAAUUUCAACCAAUGAAAAUGAAUUCUUCGUGUUGAA